GAGUCGGGGAGGCCGGAGCUCGCGGCCCCGCGCUGAGCUCACCUGUGCCGCACGCGCCAUCGCGCCCCGCCACCCCCACUUCCGCAGCGUUGUCGCCGUCCCCGCAGAGCGGGCCCGACAGCUCCGAGCCCGGGGAAAACUUCUCCUCUCCUCGUCCCGUGCGGGCCGCGCCUCCCGUCGUUUCUCUCCGGGAAUGCGCACGGUCGGCCUCGCCGUGCGUCGCCUCAGGCUUUGCGACGCUGCCGUAAAGCCAUUCUUUCCGCUGUCGCGAUCCUGCCGUACGCGCGGGCCAUGGCGGCUUUGCGGCCCGGAAGCAAAGCGCUUUGCCGGCUGCUCUGCCGGUCCUUCUCCGGCGGUGACGUUCGGCUGGGCCGUGAGCGCGCUACGGAGCGCAGGGAUGCUGCGUCCAGCCGGGUCUCAAGAUUCUGCCCUCCAAGACAGUCUUGCCAUGAUUGGAUAGGCCCCCCAGACAAAUACUCCAACCUUCGCCCCGUUCAUUUCCACAUCCCUGAAAACGAGUCUCCCUUAGAACAAAGGCUUAGAGAAUUGAGACAAGAAACCCAAGAAUGGAAUCAGCAGUUCUGGGCCAAGCAGAAUUUGUCUUUUAAUAAGGAAAAAGAAGAAUUCAUUUACUCAAGACUGCAAGCUAAAGGCUCAGGCCUGCGAACUGAGUCAGGCCAAAGAGCAACGCUGGAUGCAGAGGAGAUGGCUGACUUCUAUAAGGACUUUCUGAGUAAGAAUUUCCAGAAGCACAUGUGCUAUAACCGAGACUGGUACAAGCGUAAUUUUGCCAUCACUUUCUUCAUGGGGAAGGUGGCCCUGGAGAAGAUGUGGAGCAAGCUGAAGCAGAAGCCAAAGAAGACAAGCAGUUAGGAGAAGCCCGCCCGAACCUGACCCACAGCACCAGGUUCUGUUUAUGAGGCCCUGGGAACUAAGUGAGCACAAGUCCCUGGCCCAGUUCAGACCGUUCCUGUCUGUGCAUCCCCAGCUGGCUCAGUGUCAUUGAUAUACUGUAUGCUUAUUGUCUGUAUUAUACCAAUUCAGAAUAUAGCAAUGUAAAAAUGUGAAUAAAGUUUCACUGGAAGAAUUUAAACCA